AUGUGGAUCGAACUUCGAAAUUUCUACGACCAAGUGCUCAACUUUCACGAUUUUGACGACGAUGAAAAACUCGACGAACUGUUUCGGGACGUCGAAAAACAUCGUUGGCGCAUGACGAAUAUCCUCACAAACCCGGUAUUUCUGGCGAAAAUUCAGUAAAUACUCACGAAAAAGUAGAAAAAAUUUCAGAAAAAAAAUCCAGAAGAGCGGAAAAAGGUGGUGCCGGGCGGAAAAGUCGAGAUUAGCGGCGUGGAGAUCCAGUUGGACGAGGACACGUGCGCCGAGGCUCUUAUCAUCGCCGACGUGUUCGCUUUGCCCGAAUUGGAGGCCGUCGACCUGGUCCUGGCCGGAGAAGCGCAAAAAAUCCACUUUGAGGGUCUCAACCGAGGACUCAUUGCUGUUAUCUGCUAUUACGAUGCUCACAGGUUGGAAAUUCUGCGAAAUGCAUCACUUUUGUCUAAAAUCACAAAAUUGCAGACUUUUAGUGACGGCGAUCCGUCAGAUGCUCAAAUGGGACCGCGAAGACCUUCCCCAUCGAGUUUGCAACUUCAUCGACGACACUUUCAUCAAUGACGUCAUGAUGCGCAUGUUUUUCCGUAAGAACAUCCCGCUGUGACCCAAAAUUCAUAAAUUUUGCAGAGAUUCUGAGCAGUUUCACGGUUCAAUCGGAAUUCGCGCGGCUUCAGGCGCCCAACGUCAACGGAUUGGGCGGUUCGAAACAUCAGAAGCUGGUAUGUUUGUGGAAAUUCAGAAAUUCCCAUUAGAAUGCUCUUGAAUUGAAUUCCAGAUGAAAAACGUGAUCGAGGAGAUCCGAACGGAGAUCAUCGGCUGCAUUUCGCUGAUUUGUGAAUAUCCGGGCCAGGAAUCGCUGGCCAUCUCGAAUUAUCUGUUCGGAGUGGUCAAGUCGGUGCCGGCCGAGAAGCUGAACCUUGUCAAUUUGACCGCCUGGAUCUCCCUCAUCAAACUGACCUCCAGCGAGGUGCUCACUCAAGGUACUGUAGUCGAAAAAUCGAGCAUCCGCCCAUUUUCCCAUUUUUAUCCCCACUUUGACCAUUUCCAUGAAUUGCACCGAACCCCGUGUGGAGAAUUUACAGUGUUGGACGCGCAACAAGUGCUCACCUCGAUGAUCGACCACAUUCGGAACGAGACGGCGUGGUCCGACCAGUCGAUGUGCGGAACUCUUCAGUUGGCGUGCGCCGUCACCCUCAAAUCGAUCGCCUCCUCGCCGUCGGAUCAUUUAGGCAUCGAAAACAUCAAAGUGGACGUGGAGAGGGUGAUAGACCGCGCGAUCCGGAACAUGGCAUUCCAGUACAUCCGACAGGCGAUCCUAAAAUCGGAGCACUUCCGAUACGCUCACCAGUUCACGGUUAUCGAUGAGCUUUUGAAGCAGCUCGUCUCGUUUUUCCCCGCAAAAUUGUUGGAAACGGAGAGAAAUUCGGCCGACGAACUGUCGAAUCUCGAUGAUAUUCAGAGGAAAGAACUCGAGCCGAAAGUGGACCCCAAAAGACAGACGGUCCAAAUCUCGGACAAAUUGACCGCCAACGUGGCAUCAGUGGAUCCGUCCGGCAACUAUGAGUCGGCUCUUUCGCAUUACGAGAACUUUCUGCGAUGUUUUGUCGACUUGUACGAGAUGCAAAUCAUGGAUUAUAGCUAUCAGCGGCUGUCGAAGACGUUCCGCGAGCGCGAAUUGCAGGAACAGAUCGAGGAGAGCAGCAUGUCGUUCAGUACCGAACGAUCCGUACGUUUCUUGUCAAAUUUAGGCAUGUUCUUAGCUUUUACCAUUUUCCAAUUCAGAUAUUAGAGUCUUCGGAAGCUCUCGAAGCUCACCAGAAGCUCCAAAAAGCUUUUGGUCCCCUUUUCAAGCUAAAACUGCCACUCCGCAACGACACAAUAUCUUAACAUUUCCAAGAAUCUCCUUGCAGAUCGAGCUGUGCCGUCUUCUAGAACGUACCCGUCUGCCGCACCAUCACGUCGUGCACACGGUAGCCUACCUGGAGCUGUGCGCGGCAGUGUGCAAGAACCCGCUCACCGCCGCCCUCCUCUACGACGUCUUCUCGAAAGAGCACGGCGGACCGGACUCGCGCGGAUGGGAGUCUAUGACCCAAGCGGUCAAGGCCUACGAUCGGUGCUUCAAAGAGCAGCAAGCAAUGAACAACACGUCGAUUCGGAUGAGCUCGUCGGCGGCGAACGCCUCCGUUCUCCAGCACCAACGUCUUCAGGCCCAGCAGCCGAGUCUCAACCUGAACAUCCGCGCGACCGAUCAGAUCCAGAUCAUGGCCUCCGAACUGAGCGGACUCGUCGCCUGGAUCCAGAUGGCCACCAAAGUGGCCGAGAUGAACGACUUCGCCGCGCAGAGAUUCGCCGACGAUCCCGCGUGGACUCUGUGCUCCUCGGUCGCUUCUCUGGCCACCGCUUCCGUUCCCUUGAGCCUCAAGGCCACGCUUUUGGGGCUGUUGUCGGCGGUCGCCAGGCUCAAGUGCACUGCUCCGAGGUAAGGGCCGAAAAACAGCUCGAAAAGAGUGCUCUUCUAUACACUUUUACAACGAAAGUUGGAAGAUGGUGAUGCCCGUUUUUGUUUUCGUUUUCCUUGUAGGAUCCGUUCUUUCUCAGAAUCUGGCACAUAAUCCACGUGAAUCAGUUGUCGUACCACGACGCCGGCGGUCAAUUGCGCGGAAUUCAAGACGAGUUGGAGCAAAGAGAGUGCAUUGUGAAGGAGUACGACGUCUCGCUGGCGUUCGUCAAACUCAUGACCACCCUACUCAUGCACAGGUAGGCGGAAGUCACUUUUGUAGCUAAAAAUCGCAAAAAUCCCAUUACAGAUCGCUUCCGGAGUACGGAAUGUCGUUCGUGCAGUUCGUCACGCGCAGUAUUCUGUCGCAGUGCCUCCAUCGGAGCUACAACAACGUGCUCCAGAUGUGGGAACUGUGCGAAUGGUCCCUCCGAGCCACCAACGCACUAUUGGAGCACGGAAUCGUCGAGCCGAGAGCCGUGGCUGCCCAGGAUACGCACAUUGCACUGCUCGCACAGUUGCUCAACGAUACGCCAAUGUUCCGAGCGGUUAGUCAGAGAAAAUGAGCAUUUUGAAACUGUGAAAUUUGCAGAUAACCCGCAUCAUAAUGGAGGAUUGCCAAGCACACAACGACCCGUACGUCACCAGAACCGGACCGUCUUCAGAUGCGGCUCUUAUUGCUCUCCGCCUCUUGUCGCGUACGUUUUUCUGUUGUUUGUGAGAUUUUGAUGUCAGAAUUUUCCUAAUACGUGGUCCUUUUCUUGCAGGAGCCCUCGUGCUGCACCCGGCACUCCGAGCGUGCGCCCGAGCCACCUCCGCCGACAUCAUGGUCGCAUCGAUCCACUCGCUCGUGUUCUCGCCGAUCAUCGCCUCCUCGCACUGCACCCUCCUCGAUCUCGUCUUCCAUUACCUUCAUAUGUGCGACGAUUUCCCCGUCCACUCGCUCUACGCCGCCCGUAUCCUUCGGGACGUGAAUGCGUCGCGCGGACAUGCUCAGGCGGCGAUGCUCGAGUUGUUGCGCUCGCGGAAAAGCUCGCCGUCGCACGUAAGAGCCAUCCGAUCGGUGAUAUGUGCCACCAACAUCCACUACACCAUCGACGAUUCGCUUUCCAAAGGUGAAAAAGCUCAAUUUUACGCAAGAAUAUUCUCAUUUUACAGACGAAGACACCGAAAAUCCUGUGUUUGCGCGCGGAGAAACGGCGCGAAUCGUGCUGGAAACGCUGACGGAAGCGCUGGACAACCACGUGACGACGAGCGGAAACCGGCUGACCGACUGCAACAACGUCUGCUACUAUCUGUUCGCGUUCCGGCCGUCGAAGGCGAACACGAAGGAGCUGUACGAGGCGGACGACGUGCUCACGGGGUUACAUUACGUGCUCUACAUCAUCGAACAGUUUGUCGGCGCCGAAAAACCGUUCGAUUUACAGUUUUCCGCACUGCUCGAGCCCGCUUUUCGUCUUAUAGUACGGUUUUCCAGAUUCUCGACUCUAAAGUUUUCCAUCGAUUUCAGCAACGCCUUACCUCGCAGUCGUGUCCGUUCUCGCAGGCGGUGCUCUGUUUCAUGCGCUCCUCGAAUAUCAUCGAAAAACUGGCGACGUCGCCGUUCGUCUGCUCGGCGCUUGCGCUCGAGGACAACAAGGACUGCACGUACGCGACGGGAAUCUUCGCGGUUCGCCGCAUGAUCGUCGGCUACAUCCUUCACUUUUCGGCCGUCGAAAUCUCGGCCAUGCUCACUUCGGGCCACUUUACAAAGCCCGAAUUGCUCUACCGAGCUCUUUUAGAAUCUUCUGAGAACGUGGCCGAGCAGACGCUGAACGAGACGACGAACUCGUCGGGAAAUGCGACGAAUCUCCUGUUUUCGCUGCUCCGUCAGUCGACAGUGCCCCGUCGGAAUCUGAUGGAAUACCCGAGUCUGGUGCAUUUCGACGUCAGCAAACUCCACGAGCUCUUCGACGCAUGCCUCACCGUCAACAUUUACGGAGUUGCACAGUACGACGUACCGUACCUGAAUCGUCUGAUGCGCCGAGAGAUCGAAGUGGUCUAUUCCGAUUGUGAGGAGGUCAAAUAUGUGCAAAAAGUAAGGAAAUCGGGUUUGGAAAGGCAUUUCAAAGAACGUUACUAGAAAAUUAGUUCUCAACAUACUUAUGCCAUUGGAUAAAGCGACAGAAGUCACAUCAAUCUCCAGUUUUUCCCAAAAAUCUUGUUCAGGACUUGAUCAGGGGCCACAAAGCACUUAUAAAUUUGCGAAGGAAAGUGCUUUGAGGCCUCCCAAUGAUGUACUUGAAACCUGAUGUAACUUUUGGCGCUCUAUUCAGUGGUAUCAGUACCUUCAUCACUAAUUUUACCAUUCAGGAACUGGAGUCGGUGCUCGAGUACUGUGCCGAAAUCAACGCGAGUCUGCUCUCGGAGCGCGCUUCCGAACGCAUCGUCUCCGGAUGCACCCUUCUGCUCGACGUCUUCUGCAUUUUCGCGCCCGUCCACUUCUUCUCCAACCACAUGCAGUAGGAACACUGAAUUUCCCCGUUCUUAAGUCAUUGUCCCGCUUCAGACUGAUCAUAUUCCGCGACGCGAGCUACGUGCUUAUUGAAAUGUGCUCGGGAGUCGGCGGAAUCGCGCUGGUCGCCGCGUGCAAGACCCUCCACAGUCUAGUGCUCACCGUCAUGAAAUUGGCAAAGAUCGAGUACCCGAAGGUUUGUUUUUCGAGAAAAGUGCUGACAUUUUAG